AUGCGCCCAAGGCAGACCUCCAUCAGACCCCUCCCGAUCCAUCUCCUCAUCCUCUCUCGCUCUCACCCGCCCUCUUCCGCGUGCUCGCUUGCCUCGUCCUCAGGUCAGUUAGCCUUCCCCGCCCUCUCGCCCGUGUACUCAUAUGUAGCCAGCUUCGCUCUCCCUCACGCCCACCUCCCGCCAUGACCACCGCUGCCGCCGUCCUCGGCGGCCUUGCUCUCCCGUCCACCGACCCCCGCCACGCCCAGGAUGCGCACCGGCGCAGACCAGACCUGUCUUCGCACUCACAAACUGCACGCAAGAGCCCUGCCCCGGGCACCGUCACGCUCACCGCAGACCAGUACGCGUAUCUCAUCUCCCUCAUUCACGUCCACCCCGCGCCGUCCAGCCCCUUCAUCGCCCGUUCGCAGUCCUCGCCGUCCCGCACGCCCGCCGCGCCCAUCCCGUCGCAAGCCCGGGUGCUCCUCGACCAAUUCCCGCAUGUCGAGCCCGACAUCCUCCUCGCCAUCGCGCGCCACACGCUCGACCCGCUCGAGCUCUACAAGCUCGACGAGCACUACCGCAGCUCCGCGAACACGCCGCCGCCCGCAGACCUCUCGCACCCGCUGUCCGCGUCCACGACGGUGACCACGCGUGAGUUCAUCACGCGCUACUACCCCUCCUUCUCCGCGCUCGUCUCCCCCCUCUCCACCUACUUCCGCAUCCUCCUCGCCCUCGCGUCCGCAGCGCCCGCCCCGUCAACGCCAUCUUCACCGGCGUCCCCGCACUCACCUUCGUCACCGCCGUCGUCGUCACACACGCCGUCGACGCCGGGCCGCGCGGAUGUACUGGCGAUCGCGACCGCGAGCACGCAGUACCUCGCACGGCUCGUCGCGCUCUCCGAGGAGCACCACUGGGCGGUCAUCCUGCCAUACCACAUCGCUUUCCACCGCGCGCGCAUCGAGGAGAUGAAGCGCGGGGACUACAGCGGUUGGGCGAGGGUCGACGUCGAGCUGCUCGUCCGGCUCAUCGAGGAGCGCGAGCGCGAGGCGGACGAGCGGGACGCGCACGCGCGGCGGAGGUCGCGGUCGAGGUGAGGGGGGCCGGGCGGGCGACUCGGAGGGAGACGGGCGGGACGCUUUUAUGCGCGACGAUGCGUGGAGAGGCCGCAAGUUCUGAUUGCGCCGUUCGUGCCUUCCGUGAGCUGUGGGCGGGUGCCGGUGCAGCGGACCCGGGUGGGUGCGUCCUGACCUCGUCCUGUCCACCUUUCCUGCGAUCGCGCACCGAGACGGCGGCGCGUGCCGGUCCGCCAGCCUCUCGGCAUGAUUCUCUCUCGCCUGGAUCCUCCUUCGCUGCGUGCAUCGUUCGGCGCAGCUGGCCGUGCGUG